GGGACAUUCACGCCAUCCUCAAACAAGCUGGCCUCGAAGACCUACUGUCCAUUGGCACCGAUAUUGCACCAAAAGACAGACUUGAACAGGAGGGCAAACCUGGAAUAGAGCAUACCCCUCGCUCCUCAAUCAGUGACAAGUCAUUUUUGGAGGCUGAUGCCACGCGAUGUCACGUUGAGCUUGGGGGUGGCGAUGAACUUUCACCACGGUUUUUUGACGGCAUGGAAGCCGACGAUGAUUCCUCCCCAACGGGUGGUGCCCACCCUCAUUCCUCUGCAAUUGCACUCUUUGCUCGCCUUGCCUCGCUUCACCGCUUUCGACCCAACAACGCUGAAGCAACCGGACUUCUGCAACCCCCAACGCCCUCGAUGCUACAUCCGCGGGUACUCCUGGGCCAUCUGUCCUCACUUUUCCACCACUCUCCACCCCAAAAUGAUGAAGGAAACGAACCUCAGCAACCUUCCACACUUUCGCGAUUAGAUCUACACGCGCUCCUCGCUCGCCUGUCCUCACUUUUGUCUCGAUCUCGACUCAACACCGAUGAGGAAAUUGAGCCUCAUCCCACAACUCAUUUGGGUUCACAUUCAGAUGUGCUCAUGGAUCUUCUGUCUUCACUGUUCCGCUCUCAACCCCGCACCAGCGAAGAAAUCGAACUCCCACAACGCCCAAUGCAUCCUCAUGUUGUCGAAGUACCUGCAAUGCGGGACAGGGAGGUAUUGUUUGUCGCUGAGCCACUGCCACAAAAUCAUCUACGCACUCAGCCUAAUGGUACUACCACACCAGGUGGAAGACCUGCAUAUUCGCUACCCGUCCGAAUGAUGGCUCAUCUCGUGCUUUUCCUCUGUUGCGCGUCUCCUCAACACCCUGAUAGCAAUGCACACUCAACACAGCAGCAGCAAGGUCAAUCGCAAGGUCCAGUCCAGAUCCAGGCUCCAUCACCGCAGACUCAGCCUGCCACUCCGUUGGCGUCGACGUCCGCAGGACCUACUACUCCUGAUACUCGUACUAGGCCGACACGUGCAGCAACCGCAUAGCCAUGGCCCCUUCCAUUGCGUAUUCGUUUCGUGCUUCUUUUCUACUGUACGUCUCCCCCAC